CGGGCGCGCGUCGCGGGCUGAGGCGGAGGGACGGGGCAAGAUGGCGGCGCCCGUCCUGCUGCGGGUGUCGGUGCCGCGCUGGGAGCGGGUGGCGCGGUCCGCCGUGUGCGCCGCCGGCAUCCUGCUCUCCCUGUACGCCUGCCACCUGGAGCGCGAGAAGGGCCACGACAGCCACUACCAGGCCCUGUGCGACCUCAGCGAGCGGGUGCGCUGCUCCGCCGCCAUCACCUCCAGAUGGGGUCGAGGAUUCGGUCUGUUGGGUUCCAUCUUUGGAAAGGACAGUGCAAUAAAUCAGUCAAACAGUGUUUUUGGCCUCGUGUUUUAUAUACUACAAAUGCUACUUGGUAUGACAGCAAGUGCAGUAGCAGCUCUAAUCCUCAUGACAUCCUCCAUAGUGUCUGUAGUAGGGUCACUGUACUUGGCAUACAUUCUGUACUUCGUGCUGAAGGAGUUUUGCAUUGUCUGCGUGCUCACAUAUUUGCUGAACUUCAUUCUCUUUAUCAUCAACUACAAACGACUAGUUUAUUUGAACGAGGCCUGGAAGAGGCAACUCCAACCCAAACAGGAAUAACCCCUGUUGGAACUUUUGACUGACAGUCUGAAGACCCAACUUCCAUUAAGUUUAUUUUGCAGUAAUUUUUUUAUUCUCCAUAUCAGACACUUUUCCCUACCCCCCCACCCUGAGAAUCAUAAAGGAAAUUUGGAAUUAUAAAUUUGAAGGGGCCCCAGAUAAUUUCUCUGUGCUAAUCUUCAGUUUCAAUGCGGUUAUGAAAGAAAGCUCUAUAACAAUCAAAGACAAGCUUUAACUUUACUUUGAAGGAGUUUUAGCCACAGCAAAACCUAGACUCUCUCUCUUCCCCCUCACUUGUGAAGUGGGUAACACUUGCUAUAAAAUAUCCUGUAUAUAAAUUCAGGUAUAACAAGAUGUGAUCAUGACAUGAAAUAUUCUAGACUAGCAUCACCAUAUUUAAUGUUGCCAUUGUUUACAGUAUGUGUAUUACUUUUUUUUCUUCCUUUUUUUUUUUUUUUUUUUUUUUUUUUUUUUUUUUUUUUUUUUUUUUUUUUUUUUUUUUUUUUUUNUUUUUAGCUGAUGGACUUAGAUUUGACUAAGACUUAUACUGUAAAUAAAAUUAGAACUCUUGGUUUCGUCCCUGGAGAACUCACUGUCCCAUGGGUUUGGUUAGGAGCUGUCAGAGGGCUCAGCUCACAUUCGACUGACACGAUGGAAGAAGUGACCUCUAAAGAACAUGGAGUUGCUGCUCUCACUGUUGUGCUCUCACAAGAAUGAUGCUUGGGGUUGGUUCCAUUUUUUCUUCUUUUUAUUUUUUUUUUUGUCUCCAGUAACAAAAAUGGAAUUAAAGCUGAAACCUGAAAUAUGUUCAUUAAACAACAACCUCAUUAAUUUCUGUACAGAACGAAAAUAGCUUCGUGUGGUCAAUCCAAAGCUGCCACCAGGAUGUGRUUUGCAGAUUGGGGGUUGGUGUAUUGAAAUGUUCUUUGAAAGGACUCCAUUUCCAUGCAGAGCUGUUCCAUUUGACGCUGUGGUCAGCCAGMCAGUGUUACUGAUGUUUGAUGUUCGAUGAAUGCUGCAGUAUAGAAUUGCAAUUUGCAGUGGAAACCACUGACUGUGCAGGAUAACSAAGCAGUGCACUGAAAAAGCAGUUCCUUGAUUGAUCUGGUCAGGAUCUUUGGUUUGUGCUAUAUUGGGAGAUGAACUUUAGGCCUGACACACACACAUAAGAUCUCUUGGAAGGGCAACCUGGUUAAUGGGAUAAGUAAGUCAAUGUGYUCCUGAAAAUGAAAUGUGAUCUAAUGCUAUCAUUGCUCUUUCUAAGAACUAAUUGGGAAAAAAAAUAUUAAACUGCAGAUUUAAACAAAGGAACAAAAUUGUACAUGUUGUUUCUGCACUCAGUAUUCUAAGGCUGAAUGUUAAAAGUGCCUUCUGUCUUCAAAUCUUAAGCCAAAUACUUUGUGUUGAACUUGGCAGGCAGAAGUGUCCUUGCUUUAAAAAUGAACAAACAAAAUUCCCAGCAAACUUGCUGGGGAUAGAAGAGUAUUAAGAGAUCUGUUUUUAGUUUUUAGACUGAGAAGUGGUAGCAGURUUGUUUUCAGUUUAAUUUAAAAGGUUGAUGUGAUUUGGAAAAGUGAAAUACUUGUGUUUCAGACUGUGUGACACUGAAAUGUGUGGGUUCAGCUACUUUCUGUAAUUGGUGCUGUGCUGCUUUUUGCCCUUGUCAAAUCRAAAUAUGAAGAAUUCCAACUGCAUACCCAUUUUAUUUAAAGAACUAUUUUAACUACUUUCAGCAGUUUCUUUCUCAAACAUGAUUGUCAGAGAGACACUUCCAUUGUAUGUGGAUUUUAAACACUAAGGAUAAACUUGACAGUGAAACAAGCAGUGUUUCCAUAGAGCAAAACACAUUUUGAGAUUGAAUUCACAAAACCAAUAUUUCAAUUCAAAUAAUUCUCUAGUUUCGUACCAAGGAUGGAGGUGGAAACUGCUUUUCUGUAUCGAGUUCUGUGGUGUGAGUAACAUCUGUUGCAUGUAACACUAAAUGACUUGUCCCUCGUCUGACAGUUUUAGCCAACAAUUCAUUAAAUACGUUUUGUAUUGACCAGAGUACAGUUAAAGCUUGUCUUGAUGUUUAGUUGUGUCUCUCAAAUGCCUUCCACUUUGAUAUGAAGGGGAAUGAAUUCUGUUGAAUUGGUCCCUCAAGGCCUGGCUUUGUUCUCUCCCAAGCCUUGAGGCAGUAUCAGUGUUUAAUGUGUUGUACAGAUUUUUAUUUUGAUGCAUUCCUGUGAUCUCCACUAAAGGCAUCUUUUUUUUCAUCCAAGGAAGAGGUGAACACGUAAAGUGCUCCUAUCUCAGAACAAGCAGCCAUGGAGACAAGUCUGAGCAAUGAGUACUUGGUUCGAUUUCUGGGGAAAAAAAAAAAAAAAAGAGGAAAAAAAAAAGCCCCAUCAGCUGAAAGUAUUGGUGUUGACUUAAUUUCACUGUGUCUUGUGCUUGUUUGUGUGGGCAUAGUCUGUUAAUUCAGUUUGUUUAGUAAAAAUGUUUAGGGCCAGAUUUUCAGCAGUGAUGUCUGCAGUCCUUUGUGUGCACAUAGGGAUCAAAUGGAGCUGGAGUUUGGGCUCUGGCAGAUUUUGCAGCUACACUUUGUGCACAAACUUURUGUGAAUCUGAUCCUUAAUUGUGAACUCUCUUGUCUUGUAUGUUUUCCUCGCAGUUACUUUUUACUGGAAGUGAUUUGCUAGAAACGGCCCUGAUUUCUUCUGUUUCUUGUGCUUCAAAAAUGCAGUUGGCCUGAAUAAAGGGGCAGAAUAAGCUUAGCAGUAGAAAUUUGGACCUUUCUGCUUCCAGUUGUUUUGACUCUACCCUCGUUGCUCCCAAUGAUAGGAACAGCAUCUUUCUUYCAUUAAAAUGGGUUGUGAUGUGAUGGAAAGCAGCAGUGCGUUGUGCAGCUGUGCCCCUCUGCCUGCCCCAGCCAAAACACGUGCUUGGGUCUGGUCUCACCCUUACAAAUCCAAAGGCAAAUCCUAAAAAAUCUCAAGGAUGCAGGAGGCUGGGUAAAGGCAGGUAAAUAAUGCUUGGGCUGGUAAGAACAGGGGGGUGUUACACAGAUCCUUGUGUGGUUUCAACACUCAGGAAAAUGGAGGGGAUAAAAUUCACAAUAUCCAAACAGUGCUUCUGAAUUUGGGCUCUUCUGCCCCUCUUUGGCACUCAGAAUUCCUUUUGGAUCACGGAAUAUUCUGAGUUGGAAGUUCCACGGCGAGGGGUGGAUUGGAAAUUCAAAAGAACCUCRUCCCAAAACCUCCUUAGGAAUUAAACAUUCCUGAAAUCCUCUUACUGUAAGGUACUUGCUACUCUUUAAGACCAACAAAGCAUUCAAGUCUCAUGGAGGAAGUUAAUAUUCUUGGAAGUAAAAUAUUUGUGACGCUGAGGCCAACGAAACAUUCCUGACCACCUUUGAGAUCUGAAGUGACGACAAAUCUCCYGUGAGGAGGUUUCUGAAUGCUGCAGUUUGUGUUUGCUGCUGUACAGAGUUUCUCAGCUGUUCCAGGAGGUUGGUGAGGUGCUUCAGGCAGCACUCAGCUCCUACUGGAUGUGGGCUAAAGUCAGAGGUUGGAUGGCUUUGGUUCUGCCAGUGUUGUUGAAACUGGUCCAGAAAAGAUGAAGUAUUCUGUUCCCAUAAAACUGUAUUAAGCAUGGCCUAAGUAUUAGGUGUUUGUUCUGUAUAGUAUGUUCCAUCAAUUAUUUAUUCCUAGUGCUUUYAACUCCCAAUCAAACACCCAAUUAAAAUGCAGUCAUUGGGCAGAUGUUCCUUUUCUCAAUAUAGGCUGAGAGAUUAUUGGAGGUUUAGGAUACAAUUUUGCUAACAGGUUAAAAAAAAAACAAACAUGUAAAUAUGUACGAAUUCUAUUUGUUGCACAUAACUUUUUUGGUAUAUAUAUAAAAAACAAAAAACCCAACAAAAAUAAAUGUAGAAAUUACCUGUGGAUGUCUUGCUGCAAUCAUUCUUAUGCUGCAUUCAUGCAGUCCAAACAUAAGAGCUUGAAUGAACCGAACCAGAGGCCUUUUUGGACUCAGUCUGAGCCUUAGAAACUGUUUUUAAUGUCAGUACUGUAAUUCUGUUUCUAGAAAUUGUACUAAGUCGUGUGUUUUUGUUUUUUUUUUCCGAGACAUUGUGUGUGUGUUUAGCAGUAGAGCGGUUAAAGCACUUGAUUCCCCCCCAGAUCCCAGUUUUCCCAGUAGAAUUCCCGCAGCUUUGUGUCUGGCUGAGCGUUGUGUGUAAAGGCUGAGCAGCAUUGACUUGAGGCUUUCACUGUUUACAGUUCUUUAAGCAAAAAAAAAAAAAAAAAACAACCCAACAUUGUGAUUUUGAUUUCUUUCUGCUUUAUUGGGUCUGUGGGUCGGCUCAAAGCCAUCCCACAGACCACAAAAUCCCUGGAAACUGCUGGAUGUGUCCCUGGAUUUGGGGAGGGAGCUGCUUUGGKGCAGGGUUGGGUUUGUGAUUGCACUGAACUGUUCAGAACAAGCAGGAAUUAACCCUCAAAUCUGUGCUCCCUCAAAAAGUUUCGGGGGAGUGAGCUGAGCCCAGGUUUGUAAGGAGUGAACAAUGUCAAAUCCUCAUCUGUAUUUUGGUCAUGUCUUGAAAAUUGGGGAAGAAAAUGAGUUUUUAAAGAAUGAUGUCUAUAAAGAUGGAGAAGUUGAGCUGACUUUCCAACAUUGCUAGUGGGCUUAAAUAUUAUAAUUGUUUAUGCCAUGGUUUGUUUGAACAAGUGCUUUUUACUGUGCAUAAGAGUUUAUAUUCUGGGGUUUUAGUUAGGGAGGAAAUCUAGACCUAGCACCAUGUGAGAAAUGCUGUAAUACGUUAUUUCUUUUCCCUUAAAAACACCAGAAAAUUAUUGUGAAGUCUGCAGUGAACAUCUGUGUCCUUAUUUUGCCGUGGCAAAGUGGAAAGUGGUGUUGGUUCCUCAUGUCCCACCUCUACAGGGAACAGAAUUUGGCCACCACACAGCAUAAAAGCAAAUAUUUCCUUUUUAUGAUCAGAUUUGGUCACUUUGCUGAGACACUCACACCAGAGCCAGCUGCAGAACAGGGAGUCACGGCAACAGUUGCACCCAGAAUCUGUGAAUUCCAGUAACCAAACUCUGUAAUUGUAACUUCCCAAAUUCACUGAGCAACCUCUGAUGAUGUUGYUCUGCUGCUUUUGGGCCAAGUUUGCAGACUUAAAUAUUCUGAGCUCUUCUGUGAGUGUUGCUGUGAGCCAGAACAGUCCCUGAGGCUGAUGUGCAGCCCAAAAGGGCCAUCACCUCUGAAUUUACAGCUGGCCCUACCCCACAGGGCUCCAGGCCACUCUCAGAAAGAUUUAGAACCAAAUUCCCCUCUGGGCUGCUCUGACUGUGGUGAYAUUUCAUAUGAAGGAAGCCCUUGCACAGGGGCAUUAUUAGACACAGCUCCUGUAUAAUAGUGGCAGUUUUGGUACUGUAAAAUAAAGAGGUUUAAAGUGGAGUUGAUGGAGUCCCUCCCUCUCGAACAUACUCCAYCUUGCUGCUGGAAUAGCAAUUCCAAACUCCGCGUUGGAAUCUGUUGGGUGGUUCAUUCCAGACUGCUGGGAAUGCUCAGGAUUUCUCACACAUCCAUCCUGUGGACAAUUUGCUGUGAUCUCAGUAGUGUUAACUGUUAGGGGAGUUUAACUGGAAAACCUCAUUUGCUUUAGAGGGAUGUGUUGUUCAUGUAGAUUAACCUAGAUUUUUUUUUCUUUUUUUUUAAGUUCAGCAUUGAUGUGUAUCAUGUAAUAUUUGUAAUAUUUUUUUGCCAUAAACCGAUACCUCAGUCAGCAUCUCUUAACUUCAGCUCCUUGAAACUGAAUAUUUGUUUUCCUACCUGGCAACAGGAAGCCUCCAGAUGUGGCUGAGCAGAGGAAACAAAAGUUUCUGAUCUGCUUUGCAUCACAGUCACUACUUC